GAGCCUGCCAGACUACACUGGAGAGGGUUUUUUGGGGUGUUUUUUUGGGAUUUGAGUGGCAGCUCGUAAACCUUUCUGCUCGGUGACCAGAUCGGAUGCAGGAUGACAUAUUCUCGGGAUAAUCUCCACAAGUCUUCCAAGUCCCUACUAUAGAGGGACGGAGGAGAGGCGGCGGCGGCGGGGGGUCCUGGUGCAGAAGUGGCCGCCGUGAGAAGCAGCGGCGGCGGGGGAAGGUGAGCAGCGCAGCCCGCAGCCGGGGGCCGGGGGCCGGGGGGCAUGGAGAUGUUGCGCCGCUCUUCUGUGUUCGCGGCCGAGGUGUUUGACCGCUCGCCCACCGACAAGGAGCUGGUGUCCCAGGCCAAAGCGCUCUGCCGGGACUACAUUCACUCCCGGCUCAACCGCGCCGGGAUAGGCUGGUCGAAGCCCGACCACGGGCGCGCUGCGUCCGGCGGGGCGCUGGGAGAGGUGUCGCCCGUCCUGCUGUGGCUGGGUGACGAGUUGGAGUACCUUCGACCCAACGUGUACCGCAACGUUGCGCGACAGCUCAACAUCACGGUGGCCUCGGAGAGUAUCGUGUCCGAUGCCUUCCUGGCUGUGGCUGCAGACAUUUUCUCCACAGGUGUGACAUGGGGGAAGGUGGUGUCUUUGUACGCCGUGGCAGGAGCCCUGGCUGUGGACUGUGUUCGCCACGGCCACCCCGCUAUGGUCCAUACCAUUGUCGACUGCAUGGGGGAGUUUGUCCGCAAGAGCUUGACCUCCUGGUUAAAAAGGAGAGGGGGCUGGGUGGACGUAACGAAAUGCGUGGUGAACACCGAUCCCAGCUUCCGCUCUCACUGGCUGGUGUCCGCCGUCUGCGCCUUCGGACACUACCUGAAGGCCACCGUGUUGUACCUCCUCAGAGACACGUGAAAGACAGAGUCACACACUGGGGGUUAUCAGCGGACUGGCCGGCACCGUCCACCGCCAGCACUGAAGCCUCCUCCUCUUGGGAUUAUGUUUACACCCGUUUGCACUGAGCCUUCGUGGACGAACGCCUAUCCAUUCACAGGAAACUGACUUUCGUGCUUCCUCUGCUUCCUCUGCUAGAUUGUCUAUUUAUUGUUAAUUGUAAGGUAAUGGAACACUUUUGACGCAAAUGUAUAAAAUCGACCACUCUUAGUGUUUUUAGUUUAUAAUUUGUUCCACAGUCAGCAGAACGGCCCAAAUUAGUUUUGCUUCCUGUUUGGCAGAAGCGUGGCUGCCCCUAGUGGUUGGAAAUGAUAACUACUGUACUUGGUCCAGCAGACCAGUGCACGCCAGAUAAAUGCAAAACUACAAUAUGUUUUCUUCCAAUUAAGAGACUGUAUACAAAAUAUUAAUUAAUCGUAUCUCAAACGAUGAUUUGGAGGAAAGUAUGGGAGUUUUUUUGCUCUUCCUCAAGCCUUACAUUGUGUUUCAGCCCUCCGUUAGCCCAACUCAUUUAAAAGAGGGACAAAAUAGUUACGAUUGGCUGUGUGGAAAUGAGUGAGUAAAUGUAAUCUCUACCAACAGUUCGUUCAUGUUAGUCUGAUUCGCAAAACAAAUUAAAUGUGUCAUGAAGGCAUGUAUUCAUGUUCAUAUCCACACAUUGCCAACUUGUUCUGCACAUUUGGGGAAGUGAACAAAAACAAAUGUGGACCGGGGAUACACUAACUCAUACGUUUAAAUUGGGGAACUUAAACUCAAUAUUUGUAGAUAUUGGGAGAAAAGAAUAUAUAUUGUAAACUAUAAAAUGCAGCCCCCCGUACCGUCAUAAUGUGUGUCCAGUCCCUAAUGAGUCUGAUGAAUUAUGCCUAUAAUGACUACUUAAAGUAUGUGUAUUUCCGACGGCACUAUACAAUUAAUGCAACUGUUCUCCUCUUUCAUUGUUCACUGUGAGCCAGUGCAUGCCAUUGCUUUACAGUAAUUGCAGUAACGAAGUUACAUUUACAGUACAUUUCCCCCGAGCUAGAGCACUUUGAUAACAUUUCAUUUUGAGAGCAUAAUUUAUCCCAUGAAUAAUUUCACUUUUAUAAAAAAAUAAAUAAA